CUUUUUUUUUCGCAAAUAUGAGAAAACUUUGUCCCAACUACAACCUCGAGGACGGGUUAGAGACCGUCCUCGAGGUUCCCAUGCCUGAGGAGUUAUUUUCCGCGUCCAAGACCAAACCUGGAUGGAACCAAAUGAAGUCUUUCUGGUCAAAACCCACAGCUACAUCAACCGGAACAGCCACAAACAUGACAAGACUCUUUGGUGGUCGUAACGCCGAGAUUCAGCUUCUUCUUGGAGUCGUUGGAGCUCCUUUGAUCCCUCUCCCUGUUCAGCCUGACCACCACAAUGAUUACGAGAACCCUAUCCACAAAGACAUCAGAGACCAACCUCUCGAGAUGUCGAUGGCGCAGUACAUAGUAAAGCAGUACAUAGCAGCGGUAGGAGGAGAACGAGCUUUGAACGCUAUUGAGAGCAUGUAUGCGAUGGGGAAAGUGAGGAUGACAGCAUCAGAGUUCUGCACAGGAGAAGGGAGUUUAAACAGCAAAAUGGUGAAGGCGAGGAGUAUCAAGAGUGGAGGAGGAGAAGUAGGAGGUUUUGUGUUGUGGCAAAAGGGUAUAGAGUUAUGGUGUCUUGAGUUAGUUGUCUCUGGCUGCAAAAUCAGUGCCGGUAGUGACGCCAAAGUUGCUUGGAGACAAACUCCAUGGCAUCCUUCUCAUGCCUCUCGUGGUCCUCCUAGACCACUGCGCCGUUUCCUUCAGGGUCUUGAUCCAAAGUCAACGGCAAAUCUAUUCGCAAGAUCUUCAUGCAUGGGAGAAAAGAAGAUAAACGACGAAGACUGUUUCAUACUCAAGCUCGAAGCCGAGCCAUCAACUCUUAAAGCAAGAAGCAGCAGCAACGUAGAGAUCAUACGUCACACAGUGUGGGGAUGUUUCAGCCAGAGAACAGGCCUUCUAAUCCAGCUCGAAGACUCUCACCUUCUAAGAAUCAAAGCUCAAGACGACAACAGUAUCUUCUGGGAGACAACAAUGGAGUCUCUGAUCCAAGACUACAGGAUCAUCGACGGUGUCCAGGUGGCACACGCUGGUAAAAGCUCUGUUUCUCUGUUUAGGUUUGGUGAGAACUCGGAUAAUCACUCGAGGACACGUAUGGAAGAGACUUGGGAGAUUGAGGAGAUGGAUUUUAACAUCAAGGGUUUGUCUAUGGACUGUUUCUUACCACCUUCUGAUCUCAAGAAGGAUGAUGAUGAUGAGGAAGCAGAAGAAGAAGAGGAAGUGCAAUGUGGUUUAGCUGCGAAUAAUGAGAAGCUUCCUAUGAAGAUUAGAAGUGCUUCUUUGAGGAUUUGUUCAUCUAAGGUCUUAGCUAUUGUGGAAGAAGAGGAUGAAUCAGAUGUCACUGAAGAGCUGGAUGAGACUUAAAUGCAUGGAUAUAGUUUCGGUUUUUUGUACAUAAAUGAUAUAAUCUAUUGCACAACACCGAGACAUAUGCAUCUAAAAACAGAGGAGAUUUUUUUUCUUAUAUAUUUGGUUUGUGGAUUAAUAAUCUGUAAACCAAUAAAACUCUUGGGAUGCAAAUGCAAUGUCAAGUGAUGAGUGAAGAGACUUCCACAACACUGCAUUUGCAUUAAGUUUUGGAGUGACUAGAGCCUCUAUAUACAUUAUCCAAGACAUAAAAUAAAGUAUUCACAUUACAUGGUCUUCUUCUAAACUUUCAUUAAACUUAAAACAUUGUCAAAAAAGGCAUUGACACAAGAGGCUUUUAACCAUUUCUUGAUAUUUUUUUUUUAAACUGAAUAUUCUUCCUUUUCAUGGUGCACUCUGAUGUGCUAUGUGGAAGGAACAUUGAAGUGGAAGAGCCAUGAGAUCACAAAGGCAAAGACCAUACAAGCUAAAAGGAAAUUCAAGAACCGGUGACCUUGCCAGAAGCUUCUAGCUUCCACCAGUGGUGGAUUAGAAGUUCUCAAAGCUUGAUUCACUGUACCGUUUGCUUCAUUUCGAGUUUCAUCAGUCUCUGCCUCAACAUUUACAACAACAUUACCCGCAAUGGAGCCGCAUACUUCACAUAUUCUACAAAAAAAAAUCAAACAAAAGAAUCCCAUCACAAUGACAAAGCUAACAUUUGUCUCUCAUGCCAAACAAAUGACAUUAUAACUGAGACUUAUCAAACAUUCACUUAUAAGUGGUCAUAACUAAAACCCUUAAAAAUUACACUUUCCAACAUUCACUAGAAACCCUCAAAAUUACACUUUCCUAAAUUUAUAAAAAUAUAAGUUUAUACUUUUCUCUAGUGGAAGUCACAAAAGGAAAGUUAUCUAAAUAUAGAAAUAUUCAGUUAAGUUUCUUACUUAUUUCCUUUGAUUUUGAACCAAGUCUCAGCACAGUGUUUAUGAGCAGCAGCGAGAUCCUCUUUGCAAGAACAGCCUAGCUCAAUGGGAACACCAGAUUCAAGAUUCGAUGCAUCCAAAGUCAUGUGACAAAUCCUGCAAUCUCUCUCAUAUGGUGACAUAUGUACAUCUUUCUUAGACAUACCAAGCUCGAGAUCUACUUCUACCGAGCAAAAUGACGCAUUGGAUCUCCUCUCCUCAUCUUCCUCCUCUACACUGGAGCUGCUCUGACGUGGCUCUCCGUUGUCGGUGAUGAUGAUGAGCUCUUUUCCUACUCCCUCGUUGUCUUCUUCAAGGAUUGCUUUAAGGGUGUCGAGACGUGGCCUUACGGGUUCCAUUUUUGAGGUUAAAGAUUCAGACUACGAGGAGUUCAGAGUAUUUAUGAGAUCAUGAAACUUUGAGAGAUGAGAUCAUCAAUGCUUUCUUUAUUUAUUAUUACAGCUUGUUGAAACUAAAACCGAAAGAGAAGAG